AUGGUCGCAGCUCUCACCAUACCUCUUGACUAUGUUGCAAUAGGAGGUCAGUCCUUAUUCAUUCCCGCGCUGCUCUAUCUCCGCGUCAAUGAGCUUCGUAUUUUAAUCCACAGACCUGCACUUCAUUCAUCCGCUUCAAUCCAGAAGAACCCUCUGAGUGUGCGCAUUGCCAUCAACGUUGCGCGGCGUUCGGUCAACGUGUUAUUGUAUCUUUGUCGCCUGCGAGCUCUUCAUUCCAUGCACCACGUCUGGGCGACCCAUUUCCUAACUUCCUCGCUUACCGUUGUUGCUCUUGGCAGUCUCCCACGCACAGAAAGAUUUUGA